AUGGCCAAUGAUGCUAUCCCUGUACCGUUAGUCAAGUCUCUCGACCGGGCUAUAUCUUUAGCGAGUAAGACUCUGAAAUUUUAUAAGGAUGACCAAACAUUGGCACAACAAGAAGAUCGUUUUAAACGGUCCGAGAAGUCGAAGAACAAAGCUCUGACAUCUGUAAGUGUAUAGUUUUUGUUAGUUUAUUGUGAAACGUAAUGAUUUACAUAGUUUGUUAUACGUAUGUAUUUUAUACUUUAAUUCCUUGCUUGCUUUACCGUUUAUGCAAUGCUAUGCAUAAAAUAAUAUUUUUAGAUUAAAGUUAUAAUAAUUAUUGUUUUAGCUUGAAAAACAAGCAAGUUGGGUUGAGAUGAUGCUGGAUACAAGUGAUAACCAGAUUGACAAAGCACAAGGUAUGUUGUCUUACAGAAAUCUUCUUUUUCUGGUCGUGUUACACCGUAAAGUUGUAGUUUUCAGAAAGGAUGAUGUUUGACGAUAUCAAUGAAACACUUGAUGAGGUUGAAGCCGACUUGAAUCGUAUGGAAUCAAAGCUGAAGAAGAUAAAAAAUCAAGAAAGUAAUGUAAGUUUACUGCUUUGGUGUCUGAUACUUUUUUAUUUAUUGGUUCUUCUACUAAAUUGUGAUAAAACCUCAUAAUAUAAUAAGUAACAAUAAUUUUAGCCAAGAUCAAUUAGUUACAAUUUUAGGUAAAAAAGAAAAAGUUGAAUGAUUUGAAAGCUAACCUGGCCAGAGGGCACUCGACUUUGGAUGCCAUUACCAGAAACUUCCGAGUUAUGGAAGGCGACUUGAAGAUGUACGGUAAAGUGGAACAGAAGGCCGAAAAGAGUUUCGCUGACAAUCUGGGUGAACUGAAAUGUGAAAUUAAGUUCGUUUCAAUGUUUCCUUAUCCAAACCCAAACUUCAAGAAGGUUAUGGUAGAACUGACAGAGGAAUUGGACGACCUUUACAAGAACUACACAUACAUGGUAAGAGGUGUUCAGUAUAAUGCUGUUAGAAGUAGUCUUUCAUAUUGUUUACAGAACUUCUACUGUCUUUGAAGUUUCUCUAUAUUAUUCUUUUAUAUAGUUUGUUAUAUAACUUGAUGUCAAUUGGGCUUUAUACUAAUAUUAGGGGGUUUUAUACUGUAAUUGUAGUAUUGUUCGUAUUUUAGCCAGAGACCAAGAAAUGCAGUAACUACGUGCUGAUGGGACGACUGAAGACUCCACAAGCUUUAGACUAA